UAUUAGAGGUUUUAUACAAAUUCACGAGCAAAGAAUUUAACUCAUACGUACUCAUCAUAGUAUUAGCGUUUUACACCCUUAACUUAACAUAUAUGUUAAUUAACCAGUCAUGAUUAUUAGUUCGCGAACGUCUCUGUUUGAAUCAUAUACCAAUCGAAUAAAUCGUUUCAUAACACUAACAAUUGCAAAUUCUACUAACCUCCUCCGCAAUCACACCCUAAUUUGCGUUUAAACCAUUUGUUAGAGACGACUAUUAAAAAACAGAAAAAUAAAAAUCUAAGUUUGACCGUUAGAUUCAACAGAUAUAUCAAUUUACGUAAAUGCUGUGGAUCGGAGAUGAUGAAUGAUGACGUCCAAGUGAGACAAAACAUCACAUCAGCAUCGAUCUCUGUCUUUAUAUAUCUCCUUAUAUAUGUAAUCUCCUGUCUACUGCUUGCUCUCACAAUUUAAUUGUUGCACACCUCCAAAAGACAAAGUGGGUAGAAGAAACGCCUUUACCGCUCGUAUGGUCCAACAAAACCCUAACUUUUCUAUGUUUAGUUUCUUCAUUGUAGGAAACCCUAAUUAAGUUUUCUUCCUUUGAGAAUCAUCUUUCAUGUCUUCUUAAUAAAGGAAAGAAAAUGGAAUGGUCAAAGACGAGCAACGUACAAAACGAGAGAGUUGCUUUCAUGCCACCACCACGGUUGGAGUCUAAUAACUGGCUACACAGCUUCAACUAUGAUCCUUAUGCAGGAAAUUCGUAUACGCAUGCUGUUACGCAAACCGGACCGGUUAUCACUGUACCGGAAUCAGACAAGUUGAUCAAUGCGUACCAAUGUCCGAGUAACAACAACGAGAUGAUAAAGAAGAAAAAGAGGCUAACGAGUGAACAGAUAGCUUCGCUUGAACUACGUUUUCAAGAAGAUUUCAAAUUAGAUUCAGAGAGGAAGCUGAAGCUUUCGAAUGAGCUUGGUCUGGAGCCACGUCUGGUCGCGGUUUGGUUCCAGAACCGUCGUUCACGGUGGAAGGUGAAGCAUCUAGAAGAGUCAUACGACUCGCUUAGGCAAGAGUACGAUGUCAUUUGGAGAGAGAAGCAGAUGCUACAAGAUGAGGUGAAGAAGCUGAGAGCUAUAAUACUAAGAGAUCAGGGUUUGAUGAUGAACAUCAACCAAACCGCCGGAGGAGAUCAAACUAUCGGUCUUGGUGAUCAAUACAAUAGUCUGAUGAUGGUUGCUUCUUCUGGCUGGCCACCGAUAUCGCAGCCCCCAAACCCGUGGUAGUUGUUGCUGAUCUUGGAGAGAAAGAGUCUAACAUAUAUAGAGCUCUAAACUUUGGACUUUUAGGUUUAAGUAAUGUUAGUACUAUGA